AUGAUUCGCCCUGGUGCGUCUCGCAUUCUGCAAUCCUGGGGCCUUGGAGACGCCAUUGAACAAGUCGCGGACACCUGUCUUCCGUUCUCCAUCCGAGACCUGAAGACCGGCAAAGAUAAGAUACGUGCCCUGCCAGCAUCUCUCACCAGAUACCCGGAUUGGGGAAUUCAUCGGCCCAUUCUACAAGAUAUUUUCUACCAACAUGCCAUCCAGGCUGGAGCCGAAAUUAUCUUUAGCAGUAACGUGGAAGACUUUUCGGAUGAACCAAACAGAAGGCCAAGCUUACAGUUCCGAGGGGGCAAAACAACUUUUGGUGAUCUCAUCCUCAUUGCUGACGGGAUUCGAUCACGCUUACGCACCAAAGCCUUGUUUGACAUAUCUACGGGAUCGUCGGUGGAACCCAGAGUUAGCGGGUCGAUAUUCUACGGCGUAACAGUGCCACAGCGAGAACUUGAAUCAGAUAGUGAUGCCGCUUUAUUGCUCCAGCAAGUUGAACCAUGUGUUUGGGUCGGCAACGAACGUUUUGUUGUCGGUCGGAAGCCUAGAAAAAGUGAAUUCUGGAGCGGAUUGUUCGGGCUCAAUCACGAUGAUGGCGAAUCCAGUAUGUGGAACGAGGUAUGCAUCUAG